AUGGAUAAUAGUGGUGUGUUAUGCGAAAUUUCACCCGUGUUUCGUCCUUAUAUCCAAAAUUUAUACCGUGAUUCACAAUUAGGAUUAUGUAAAGCUAAGGUUGACUUAGAGAGAAUUAGUGGAAAUUGUGAUGGAGCUGAAACUCAAUUUCGACUAGUUUUGCCAUACUGUUCUAAAAAAUUGAAAUGGGAAGUCAUUUUUGAUUCCUCUAUACCUUGGUUUGCUCCAGAUUUUCGAUUUGACGAUGACAGCUUUCUAAAUAACCCAGAUGAAAAUUUUUUCUUGCAAAAUGUCCCUAGUCUGACUAAUUGGAAUGGAAAUGAUCCCAAAGCUUUGGGAGAUGUUAUUACUGAGUUUGUCAAACUGUACAAGACACACCAGAUUAAAAAAUUGAAUGAUGAUGAGAGCUCUCGUGCUGCCUUUGAAUACAGUGCUCUAUUAGGUAAUGCAUUUAUUUCUGAAAAAGAUGUUGAAGUUUGGGUUGGAGGGCAUAUAGCUGAAUUUUUAAUAAAACUCAAAGUAGAUACAUCAAGAUUACCAGAGUUGUAUAAUGAUGAAGGAACUGACAAUAACCCUGGUAUUGAUACAGCUUUGUUACUUGUUCGAUUUCCAAAUUCUACAAAUGCAGAACUUAUGUUAUCACCGUUUUUAACAAAAUGUCUUGGAAAUAUAUCAUUACCAUUAAUGCACCAGUCUGGAGUACUUAUGGAUUACGUACCAAUGGUUACAGACCUAUUAAACAAUAAAAUUCAAGACCUACUUAAUAAUGACAAGUUAAAGAGAGAGCUAUUAGCACAAAUGAUUGUCAAGUAUGAAGGUGCUGUCUUGGAACAUGACGCAAACAGUGCCGCCUUUCUAUUCGAAGUCAAUGACUUUCAUUGGAUUUUGCAAAUUGACAUAGGUUUGAAAUUUCCAGAAAAGCCACCAGUUUUGACUCUACGAUCUGUUUAUCACAGCAGUAAAGGUAAACCAAAGUUCAAAGUUUUAUCUGCUUGCCCGUACAAUAAUUUCGAAGGCUACAUCGAACAGCAAAUUGACGUUUUUAAAAAUGAAUGUAAAGGUGUUACAGGAGGCAAUCAUAAUUUGUUGAAUUUGGAUAAU